AUGGCCUCCACGGACCGCUCCACGCCGGCGGAGGACCGGCAACAGCCGCAGCGCCCGUCCCUCUUCUCGCCGUACCAGAUGCCCCGCUUCCGCCUCGCCCACCGGGUGGUGCUGGCGCCGAUGACCAGGUGCAGGGCGCCCGACGCGGUCCCGGGCCCCGCGCUCGCGGAGUACUACGCGCAGCGGUCCACGGAAGGCGGCUUGCUCAUCUCCGAGGGCACCAUCAUCUCGCCCUCCGGCCCUGGGUUCCCUCGUGUCCCUGGGAUAUACAAUCAAGAGCAGACUGAUGCAUGGAGAAAGGUGGUUGAUGCUGUUCAUGCCAAGGGAGCUAUUUUUUUCUGCCAACUAUGGCAUGUAGGCCGAGCUUCUCACCAAGUGUAUCAGCCGGGUGCUGCUCCUCCAAUAUCCUCUACUGAUAAGCCAAUAUCAUCAAGAUGGAGGAUACUGAUGCCUGAUGGAUCCUAUGGCAAGUAUCCAACUCCGAGGCGCCUAGCCACAUCCGAGAUACCAGAAAUUGUUGAACAGUAUCGUCAAGCUGCCAUAAACGCCAUCAAAGCAGGUUUCGAUGGCAUCGAGAUCCAUGGCGCUCAUGGCUACCUCAUCGAUCAGUUCCUCAAGGACGGUAUCAACGACCGGACUGAUGGGUAUGGUGGCUCACUCUCCAACCGUUGCCGGUUCCUCCUGGAGGUGACCCGAGCCGUGGUCUCUGCGAUAGGGGCAGACCGCGUCGCGGUCCGAGUGUCCCCGGCCAUUGACCAUCUUGACGCCUACGACUCCAACCCUCUGCAGCUCGGCCUGGCCGUGGUGGACCGUCUCAACGCUCUCCAGCAGGAGGCCGGGCGGCUGGCCUACCUCCACGUGACGCAGCCACGGUACACGGCGUACGGGCAGACGGAGUCGGGCCAGCACGGGAGCGCCGAGGAGGAGAGCCGGCUGAUGCGUGCCCUGCGGGGUGCCUACCGUGGCACGUUCAUGUGCAGCGGUGGGUACACGCGGGAGCUCGGCGUGGAGGCCGUCGAGUCCGGCGACGCCGACCUGGUGUCGUACGGGCGGCUGUUCAUCGCUAACCCGGACCUGGUGGAGCGGUUUUGGCGCGACGCCCCGCUGAACAAAUACGUGCGCAAGACGUUCUACACCCCGGACCCCGUCGUCGGUUACACGGACUACCCAUUCCUUGGCCAGCCUAAGGCGCGCAUGUGA